GCGAGAAGGAAGGAAACCGGAAGCCCAUCGGAGGGCCCGUUGAACAGCAGCCAUUUUGACAGGCCCUAGUUGGCCACAGGUGUAAAACAUUAAACCUGUGAUAGCUGGAUUCCAGCAGGUUCCAUCAGAUUAACGCAAUUCCAGGGUGUCGACACCGACUGUAACCCAUGACGCAGGUCGACACGCGUUGCUUUCUGGGGCGUGGAUUAUUGAUGUCAUCAGUACGAAUAGACGGCAGGAAAAUGUGGCAGUUUGACAGAUGGCCUCCACCAGACUCCUUCCUCCCCUGACCAAGACGGAAUGGAUCCGGAGCGGAUUGUGGGAACAACAGUUCGCUGUGACAAACACAGGAGCCGUGACAGUGACAGAUGGAUGCUUCCCACUCCUACGGUUAACAGCUGCAAGUUGACCCCAGUGUUGGUCAAAUCUUCAGCAGUAGAGAACAUGACACAUUACCAUCGGGAUAUUGGAAAAGACAAAACUGUUCAUUUCAACCCCACGUUGACUCAGUUUGACCCAGGGAAAAUGCUGAAUGCUUUCAGCCAGAGUAGAUUUGUUCAGACAACAGCUGACCUGUCACGUACUCUACAAAGUAAUGUGCCAUUAGCAACUGGGUUUACUGCGGUUAUACAAGCUGGGCGACGAUCAAGAGACAAAUCUCAGAGACCAGUCCACAGUGGUUCGGCUGCUCACUGCCCAAAUAUCCCGGAGCAGAACAAACCAGGAGGUGUUUUGGGAAGAUUCACUCCAGUGCCAUAUAACCAUUUUGCAUCCAAUUUUAACCGCCUCGACUUAGACAGACGUGGGCUGAAAGAAUGUCCUCAGUCGGACAUGAUUGAAAAACUGCAACUUCUAAACCUGCAGCAUAACCUAAUCACCAGGAUCCAGCAUUUGUCAUAUCUGCAGCAGCUCGUGUUCCUGAACUUGUACGACAAUCAGAUCUUGGAAAUGAGUGGCAUUGAAGCUCUGACCUCACUGAGGAUCCUGAUGCUGGGGAAGAAUAGAAUCCAGAAGAUAUGCUGCCUGGACGGGCUGUCAAAACUGAAUAUCCUGGAUUUACAUGACAACCAGAUCUGCAGGAUAGAAAACCUGUCUCGCCUGAGUGAGCUGCGAGCGUUGAACCUGGCAGGAAACAACAUCGUCAAAGUAGAAAAUCUGCACAACCUGGACUCUUUAACUGAACUGAACCUGAGGCACAACCACAUCUCUGAAGUGGCUGAGGUGGACCGCCUGCCCUGCUUGCAGCGACUCAUUCUCAGCUGCAACAACAUCACCAGUCUUGAUCAGCUGGUCGGCCUCGGACAGUCUCCAUCCCUUUCCCAGCUCACCCUGGAUGGGAAUCCUGUAGCCCUGGAGACAUGGUACAAGCAGGCCGUCCUGCGCUGUGUGCUUCAUCUGAGACAGCUGGACAUGAAGCGCAUCACAGACGAGGAUCGGCGCAUGGCUGGUGUGCAGGCGCGGAAAGAGGAGGAGAAGAAGAGGGAGAGUCACAAACAGACCAUUCAUAAGGUAUUACACAGUUGUUGUUGUUGGAUCAACACUUCAGACAUGCAUCAGUCACUGAUCAGACCGCUGGUGGACAGUAGCGUUCAGAGCCUGUCCAUGUCCGACAGCCACCUGGCGGAGCUGGAUGGAGACACCCUGCGACUGUUCGGACUGGGGGCCCUGGAGGCUCUGGAGAGGGGAUGGGGAGUCCAGACUGCUGGUGCUGUCACCGUCAUAACCUUUCGCUACGUCAAUUUUGAUGCUAUUGUUCCAACACUGCCACGAAUAAGGGUCAAAUUUCCAAAUCUAUUGCACCUGAUCUUCUUGGAAACAAACAUCAGCCGCCUCCCACAGUUAGCAGCGCUGGCUCAGGUGAGACGUUUGGAGCAGCUGACCGUCCAGCCGGAGGGAAACCCAGUGGUCAGUCUGUCUCUGUGGCGUUCCUUUGCCGUUUACCGCCUCCAUCACUUCAACCUGCAGAAGAUCAACGGCCAGGAGGUGACCAUGAACGACGUGAUCGCUGCAGAACGUGUGUUUGGAACGCUGGGCCACAUAGCUGCCACCGAAACCCCCCGCUGUCGACUCCUGCUGCUGCUGGAGGAGUCCAGGAAGCGUCAGUUGAAGUUUCUGUUGGAGGGGAGAGGUCGGCGUCCAGGACUGAGCCCGGAGGAGCUGCGGGACAACGGGAAGCUCCUGGGGGAGGGACUGAGCCGAGCGCUGUUUAACUACCCCAGCAGACACUGCAGUACAGACAGCCCUGAGGACAAUACGGCGGAGUCGUCAGAACGGGCCGCUAUGAUUGAACAGUAUCUCCAAGAGUUGGUCCAAAGGGCAUCAGACACCAACCUAAAGGGCGAGGCCCUCCACAGGCUCUGGCCCUCUAUGUUUGCGGAGAUGGUGAGAGACAGUGUGUUGGAGAUGAGGGACCGAGCAGCGUUUGGACAGGCCAGUCUGUCAAAGCUCUCUGAGACCAAGUGAAGAGGACCAAAAAGUUCAACCUCACAUGUUAUUUUGCCGGUGGCCUCUAGGGCGCAGUCUGACCUCCCAGAUACUAACCUUUGAGACUCUUAGGAACUCACGAAAAAAACGACUUGAUUUGAACGUAGCCUUUUACAGACAACACACACUGAUUCUCCAGUGUGUGGCGCUGUGACAUGUCAGAGGAAGAACGCAGAGUGUGUCGGACUGCUCACAGAGCGGCGCCCCCUCUCUGCAGAUUUGUGAACGACCACUUCUCACCAUCAGCGUCAUCAGCUAAAAGCUGUUUCUGUUCCCAUUCCUUCAUGUCAUCGUGUCACACACUGAUGGAUCACUUUUAAUCACUACAGGUAAAAAAAAGAAACACACAGAUUUUUUUUUUAAAUUUAAUUUACCACAGUUAUCUUUUCUUUAUUGUACCUGGAAUUAAAUUGAUUUCUGUAAUUAACAGUUUGUACAGGACUUGUUCAUUGCAGAAAUUUAGAUUUUCCAGAAGAAAAUAUUUCCGACUUAUUUUUUAGUUUUAGUUUGAUCUAAAUAUAGGAAAGAAUUAUUGAAUGAAGACUGAUGGACUUGAAUGAUAUUUUUUAUUUUUUCUGGAUGACAGUGAUGGGGAUGAUGACAACAUUUUUACAGGCAGACACUUCACAGAUAUAUUCCGUUUUCUCCUCCUUAUCCUGCAGCUACGAGCAGGUCGUUGUCUGGUGAAGGAUAAUGAUUUUUUUUUUUUCUGAUAUAAACAACCCCAGUGGCUCCA